UGCUUAUUUAAUGAGCACUAAGUUCCUCCUUUAAUGUUGUCCUGUGAUUACACUGAGAGCGUGCCGGGUUCUAACUUUCAAAGAUAUGAAUUUAGAGAGUGACUACGGCACGUCAGUUACUUGUGGCAAUGGAAAGCUUAGACAAUGGCUGAUUGACCAGAUUGACAGCGGAAAGUACCCCGGAUUGGUUUGGGAAAGUGACGACAAAACCAUUUUCAGAAUCCCGUGGAAGCACGCGGGCAAGCAGGACUACAACAGGGACGAGGAUGCCGCGCUCUUCAAGGCCUGGGCACUCUUCAAAGGGAAGUUCAGAGAAGGGAUUGACAAGCCUGACCCUCCCACGUGGAAAACACGCCUCCGGUGUGCCCUGAACAAAAGCAAUGACUUUGAUGAACUGGUGGACAGGAGCCAGCUGGAUAUAUCCGAUCCCUACAAAGUUUACAGGAUUAUUCCCGAAGGUGCUAAAAAAGUGGCCAAAGCGAUGAGCUCAGAGGAGCCGCCGGCUCAUGUCAACUCUCACGGCUACUCCAUGCAUUCCUCAUACUCACAGCUGCAAACCCAGAUGCCCAGCUACAUUUCCCAUGACAGGAGAGAGUGGAGGGACUACACGCCAGAUCCACAGACCCCCACAGAGCUCCAGUUUGGCCAGUGCCCUUACCCUCCACGGAACCUGCCCUGGCAGGCACUGCCUUGUGAGAAUGGAUAUCAAAUAACGGGGUCCUUCUACACCUGCUCCCCCAAUGAGGCUCAGCCCCCAGCCUUCUCACUAGACCCCAGCAUGAGAUCAGCCGAGGCCAUGGCCUUCUCCGAUUGCCGCCUGCACGUCUCCCUGUUCUACCGGGACUCCCUGGUCAAGGAGGUGACCACCACCAGCCCGGAGGGCUGCCGAAUCUCCACGUCCCCGGAGGACCGACCCUACGGCAGCAUGGACCAGGUGGUCUUCCCCUUCCCUUACCCGCAGUCCCAGAGGAAGGGGGCGGAGAAGCUGCCCACCGCCCUGGAGAGGGGCGUGCAGCUGUGGCUGGCCCAGGACGGGCUGUACGCCAAGCGGCUGUGCCAGGGGCGUGUCUUUUGGGAGGGGCCUCUGGCUCCGUACGCCGAUAAACCCAACAAACUGGAGAAGGAGCAGACCUGUAAGCUGUUUGACACACAGCAUUUUCUCAGCGAGCUCCAGGGCUACGCCUACCAAGGUCGUCCACCGCCCAAAUUCCAGGUAGUUCUCAGUUUCGGGGAUGAGUACCCAGACCCCCAGCGGCACAGCAAGUUGAUAACUGCCCAGGUGGAGCCCGUGUUCGCCAAGCAGCUCCUGUACUUCGCCCAGCAGAGCGGCGGGCACUACGGGCGCGGGUAUGAGACGCCCGAGCAGUCGGCCUCGCCGACGGAGGACUACCAGAGGCCCAUCCACCCCCACGCCAUGCCGGAGUGACGGCACGCGGCCGCGGCAAAGCCGCACAUUGCCUUUAUGGAAAGACGCUGGCCGCUCCGGAGUGUUCGAGGCUGGAACUCGGAUGCGGGCCUGCCGGAGUUCUCAUCGCUACGCUGCGGAUUCUCUGGGUCUUGGGGACUGGGCUAAGCCUCGGGGCUGGAGAGGACAAUGCAGGGCUCUCGCUGUGUCUCUGUCCCUCAUGCUACCUCUCCUCUCUCUCACUUUCUCUCUCUCUUUCCCCUUCUGCUUCUUACUCGCCCUCUCUCCCUCCCUCUCUCUCCCUUUAGCCUACUGACUCUCGCUCUCCAUUUCUCUCUCCCUAUUUUUCUCUUCCAUGCUCUACUUCUUCUCUCCCCAACCCCCUCCAAUCUCUCUCUCACCUUGUCACCUUGUCUUUCCCUUUCUCUGUCAUUUCCAUUUUAUCUUCCUCUUCUUUCUCCCCAACCUCUUUAUCUCUCUCCCUCUCUCUGAUGUUGACAGCAUGUCUGAAUUACACUGUGUAAAUUAGUCAGCUUUCAUGGGUGAAGCUUACUUAAAUCAGUUUGAGUAGUCUUUAUAGCCUUUGCUCAAACUAAACAGAAGUCUCUGAGCUGGUGUUAAACUGAAUUACUUGUAUUGUAGGACGUGAAUGUGAGAUGUAUUUUUGUGUUUUUUAAAAUGGAAAAUGUAAUAUCUUUUAAUAACUGUACAGUAUGCAGAAAAUUGUUAUUGUUUUACUUUUUUAUUAAAUAAUUUGACAAAAUACA